CUCAAACACCAACGCAUCCACACCGGUGAGCGGCCGUACCCCUGCCCGGAUUGCAAACGCUGUUUCCGAUGGGGCUCAGCCCUGGCCAAGCACCAGCGCACCCAUGCCCAACAGCAGCAAGCCAGUGACGCUACCAAAACCGUGCCAGCAGCCACCGAGGAAACCAGUGCUGAAGGAAACGGCAAACCCUAUCCGUGCGGAGCAUGUGGGAAGAGUUUUGGCUGGGUCUCGCACCUGGAGCGCCAUCCCCGCAUCCCCACCGGGGAGAAGCCCCAUGCCUGCCCUGAAUGUGGCAAAGGUUUUAGCACGCCGGCCAGCUUGGAGCGACACCGACGGCUUCACCGGGGCGAGAAACCCUACCAGUGUGGCAUCUGCGGCAAAGGCUUUGCCUGGAGCUCCCACUACGACCGGCACCGUCUCACCCACACCGGCGAGAAACCCUUUUCCUGUGCCCACUGCGGCAAAUGCUUCGGUCGCAGCUCCCACCGUAACCGGCACCAGCGUGCCCACACACAGGGUGGCCCGGAGAAGCGACACGUCUGUCCCGAAUGCGGCAAAGCCUUUGGCCUCGGCACGGCCCUGGCAGCUCACCAGCGACUGCACGCUGCCGGCACGGGGGGCCGCAGCCCCCUCUCCUUGCUGCCACCUGCGUG